AGCGGCUACAACGAGCAGUAUGUCUACUGACAGCAGCGCGAAGCAUGGUGACAGCAGCACCAACGCCAACUCCGACGCGAAGCCUGGUGGUCCAAGCGACGCAGAGGCAGCAAAACGGUCAUCUGAGUCGGGAGGAGAUGGGACAUCAGAGGAGGCGGUCGCGGAACGGUCAUCAGAGGAGGCGGUCGCUGAGCAGCCUGCACAAGGCGGACCGGAGCAGCCAUCAGCAGGGGAAACAGAGCAGCCACCUGCUGCGGUUGGAGCAGUAGAGUCAUCGACUGCUGGAGGAGCAGGUCGGUCAGCAGCAAGUUCGCCUGACUCUGGAGAAUCAUUACCCCUACCCACUGGAUCUGGAGAAUCGGGCUUCGAUGACACAAGAAGUUUUGACACAUCUACUUAAGGCUGAUGCUUCUAAAAAGGAAAUAAUUUCAAUAUUGCAUAUAGUCUAGAACAGUAGAAGAUCUUCUUUUGGAAAAUGAAGUGUUGUGUCUCAGUAACCACAUGAUUUUCAUAAAUUUUGAUCUUCUAAGAAAUCGAUAGUGACAUGUCAAGUACCAGAGGUGGCACACCCGCAUUGGCCAAAGCACCCGCUAUAGUUGGUCCACCCGCAAUGGCCAGCGGGCCCUCGAUGUUCAAUACACCUGCGACGGGAUAUGCGCCAUCGAUGGGAGUGAGCGGACCUGCGAUGGUCAACGCACGCGCACAGAACCAGUACCAAAGACAGCAAGGGGAUACUUGGCAAGAGUCGGAUGAUGCAGGCAUCUCCGGAGGACAGGAAAAGUCUGGGCAUCAUUUUUUAGAAUUACGGCUAACAAUUGAUUGGAGAAGAAGAUGAACAUGAUGAGAGAGCUGCUAUAUCUUAACUCACUCAAAUCAAGGUACUGUAAUGACUCUUUCCAGGAGAUGGAAAGAAUAGAUAUUUAUUUCAUCUGAUUCAUUUUACUCCAUCAUCUAACACUAGAAUCUUUCACGGCCUAAGCAGUACUUGUGAAUUCUGAUCUGUCAUAAGUAGCGGACAUCUAGGAAAUCAUUUAUUUUUUACCCACUAUCAUAGAUAACUUCAACUUCUUCCUUAUCUUCAAUUUUGUUUCCUUUUCUAACAUAGUCAGUGAUAAUGUUGGAUAUCCGCUUCUCACCGAAAGAGUUGAGCUUCUACAUGGCCCCGUGGGCGGCUAGCAGUUUCGAACGCAAAAAGCUCUGUGCUGG